AUGAGUUGGUAUAAGAAGAAUAAUCCUGAUAUUAUGAAGGAUGAAGAGGAUAGAGCAGGAAAUGCUACUCCGAAGAAACCAAGUUACAUUCAAGUGCCAUCAUCAUCACCUAUAAACGUCAAAUCAUCACCAAAUCAGCAACUGGCUGCCAUCAUUCCAACUAGCAUGAAACCUACCAUUGAUGAAGCUAAAGAACGUCAAUUAGAAGCCAAGAGACAAGCGAUAAGACAACAUAAGGAUUUUCCCAUUAUAAGGAAACGUUUUCAUUAUUUAAAGGAAAGUGAUAUUUUUAAAGGUUUCGUCAAAGGUAAAGGAAAUUUAAGAGAGAUUACUCAAUGGUUAUCCGAUAACUUUAAUGAACAUGACAUCUUACAUCGAGAACAAUUAGAGAAGAAAAGACGAAUUGAAGAGGAAGCAAGAAUCAAGCAAAAGACUUUAGAAGAUAGAAUGAAACGUGAAUACGAAGAAAGACAAGCAUAUAUAAGAAAGCAAAAGCAAUUAAAAAAUGAUUUUGACGAAGACGAUGAUCUCGAGGAAGAUGAUGAUAAUGACAUUAGUGAAGAUGAGGAUGUUAUGAGUGAUGAACCCCAUGACGAUGAAGAUCAAUCCCCUGUUAAAAUAAAAGUAAGAGGAAGAGCUAAAGUCAAACAUGAUAGUUCUCCAGUAAAACCAGAAGGACAAGAUAAUAUAAUUUCUACUAAAGUCACAACUAAUAAGCCAAAGAUAUCGAUUCUCGAUAAAUACAAAUUCAAACCAAAAGUUCAAACUACAUUGGAUGUAUUUGGUGGAAGUGGAGAACCUAUUAUUAAGAAGAGAAAACUUGUUCGUGGAUCAGCUUUAGAAGAUAUAACUCCUAGUGCCAGCCCACCACCAAUAAUUCCUCCUAAAUAUGAUUCUCCAAUGAUUAUUCCAAAAUUAUCAGCUGUGACUUAUGAAGCUCACCUUAAUAGUAAAAAGACUGAUCGUAAUGAAUAUGCUCAAGACGAUGAUAUAAAUGAGAUGAUUGUUUCUGAUGAUGAUUUGGACAGAUUAGAGGAAAAGAUAAAGGAGAAUAAAAAGGCAGCUAAACUUAAAAAGAGUGAAGCAGUUAUUGCAAUUAGUGAUGAUGAACUAGAAGAAGAUGAUGUCAGUGAUGAUAUGUCUGAAGAAGAUGAUGAAGCAAAUUAUAAUGGAGGACUUACUACAAUUGACGCUCAAAUUUUGGAGUUUAUUAAUAAUGCUUCUGUGCAAGAUUUAAUUGAAAUUUGUGUUAUAGAACCACCUAUUGCUGAAUUUGUAGCUUCUCAACGUCCAUUUGAAACUAUUUAUGAUGUUUCUGAAAAUCCAUUUAUCUUACCUGAUGAAGAUGAUAAAACUAAGAAAGCCAAGAAUAAUAGAAAGAAAAAGACUAUUGGGUUGAGAAUUGUUGAAAAUACUGAACAUAGUUUGAAGGGUUAUAAAGCCGUUGACUCGUUAAUUAAAACCUGUUCACAAUAUGGGGAAUCCAUUUCUAAUCAAAUGAAAUCUUGGGGUGUUAAAGUAACCGGGGAAGGUGAAUUAGACCUUGUAGAACUUGAUCCAUUGAAUGAAGGUGAAGUCAAUGAAGUAAUUGAUUUAGAUAAUGAAGAAGAAGAAGAGAGCAAGACCAAUGAUAAAGAUAAAGAUUAUGGAAAUGAAGACGAAGAAGAUGUCGUUAUUACGCAUCAUAAAAAGAAAGGAUUAAGAUAUAUCAAACAUAAGCCAAGUUUAUUAGCUGAUGAUAUCACUUUAAACAAUUAUCAACAGGUUGGUGUCAACUGGUUGAAUUUAUUAUAUCAAAAUAAAUUAUCUUGUAUAUUGGCUGAUGAAAUGGGUUUAGGUAAGACCUGUCAAGUUAUAUCAUUCAUGGCUCAUUUAAAGGAAACAGAAAAGAAGAAAGGACCUCAUUUAGUUGUUGUUCCAGCUUCAACUAUUGAAAAUUGGUUGAGAGAAUUUAAUAAAUUUUGUCCUGACUUGAAAGUUCAAGCUUAUUAUGGUUCGGUUAGAGAACGUGAAGAUUUAAGAUAUGAAUUACAGGAUACUGAUUUUGAUGUAUUGGUUACGACAUAUACUUUGGCUUCGGGUUCAUCAAUAGAUUUUAAAUUUUUAAAGAGUCAAAAUUUUAAUAUUAUUGUUUAUGAUGAAGGUCAUCUUUUAAAGAACUCAAAUACUGAAAGGUAUAAUAGAUUAAUGAGAUUACAAGGUAAGUUUAGAUUGUUAUUGACUGGUACUCCAUUACAGAAUAAUUUAAGAGAAUUAGUUUCUUUAUUAGCAUUCAUUCAAAAGUUAAAUGCAACAGUCACAUCUACUUCAACUGGAAAUUCAUCCGCAGCAUCAACGCCAAAUAAUUAUAAUCCAUUAUUAUCAGUUCAAGCCAUUAGUAAAGCAAAAACCAUGAUGACACCAUUUGUAUUAAGAAGAAGAAAGAAUCAAGUGUUGCAACAUUUACCAGCUAAAUGUCAUGAAAUUAUUAAAUGUGAUUUAACUGAAUUACAAGAUAAAGUAUAUCAUGAUUAUUUAAGUAAGGCAAGAUUCACUAAACAAGAAAGAGAAAGAAGAAAACUUUUAUCAAGUAAAGAGCAAAGUGAGUUAGCCAGAACUAAACCAAUUGAAUCUUCAACCAACACAUUGAUGUCGUUAAGAAAGAUUUCUUUACAUCCAUUAUUAUUUAGACUUGAGUAUGACGAUGCUAAACUAAAGAAAAUGGCCAAGGCAAUUAUGAGAGAACCUGAAUAUUUAGAAGCAAAUGAAACGUUCAUAUUUGAAGAUAUGCAAGUUAUGAAUGAUUAUGAAUUGAAUAAUUUAUGUCAAAAGUUUCCAUAUUCAUUAAAAACUUAUAAGCUUGAAGAUGAGAAAUUCUUAAAUAGUGGUAAAGUAAUUCAAUUGAAUAAGCUUUUAAAGACAAUCAUUGAUAAAGGUGAAAAAGUAUUAAUCUUUUCAUUAUUCACACAAAUGUUGGACAUUUUAGAAAGAACAUUGACGUUAUCAAAGUAUAAGUUUGUUAGAUUAGAUGGGGCAACCAGUGUUGAAACAAGACAGGAUAUUAUUGAUCAAUUUUAUGAUGAUGAUACCAUUCCUGUAUUCUUAUUGUCAACCAAAGCUGGUGGGUUUGGGAUUAAUUUAGUGGCGGCCAAUAAUGUCAUUAUUUUCGAUCAAUCAUUCAACCCUCAUGAUGACAAACAAGCAGAAGAUCGUGCUCAUAGAGUUGGUCAAACUAAAGAAGUUACUGUCUAUAAAUUGAUUGUCAAUAAAACCAUUGAAGAAAAUAUGUUACAAUUGGCAGAGAAUAAAUUACAAUUGGACGAAACCAUCAGUACUGAAAGUAAUGGGGAGUCCAAGUUCGAAGAGAAGACAGCUUCAUUGUUUGAGAACCUUUUAUUUCAACAGGACCGUAUAUAAAGCAUGUAUUUUAUUUUAUUUGUAUGUAUAUGUAUAUAUAGAAAUGUAUCCGGUAAUAUAGUUCCGUCAGA